UCUUUAUGGUAAUAAUUUGAAAAGUGUGAAGAUUAUCGUAAGGGCUCUAUCGGAAAGCUGUUGAUUGGUCAUGGCCGAGGAUGGUGCAGAAGUAACUGUUCUUGACAGUUGGGAGGAACUUGACGACAGCAGGGUGCUCAAUAAAAAACUGAACGAAAUCAAAAUUUCAAACCAAGAUGAUAAAAAACUGACUGGUGCUCUAGUGUUGGAGAAUCAGGACCGGACACAAUACCAGCCACAAGUACGAAUACUAAAACGCAGAUCGGACCCGGGUGCAACCGCCAAUUCACAGCAGGAUGCAAGCAAAGUUAAUGCUAACAAGCACAACAAAACACUCGAGCAGAGGGAGAAGGAGUAUGCCGAGGCGAGACUCAGAAUACUUGGAUCAGCAUCAGGUGGAUUUGAGACUGAACAAACUAUAGAUAAUAGUUUCAGACCUUCACCAAGGCUAACACAGCAGAACAAUAACAACAACGCAACAGAAAUAUUACGGCAGCCCCGCGGUCCAGAUGGAUCGAAAGGGUUUGACCAAAUGAGGUAGUAUACAAUAUCAUUGAGGUUGACAACUGUAAAAGAAGCUCAUUGUAAUCUGGAGAAUUGAUUAAGGUACAGGAGUCCUGUAGGUGACACAGACGUUUAUUAGUUGGUAAUAUUGACCACUUGAUAGUGAUUACAACAAAGAAAGCUACCAGGGUUACUUUCGUGAACAGUGUGAGAUACCUAAUUUAACUUCGUGAACAUUGAGCUACUUUAACAUGACAAUUCAAACAGUGAGUGACCUCGCCCACCAUGCUUACCAACAUUAACAGUGUGACCUACCUGGAUUA